AUGAGAAAGGUUUCGGUGAAGGAUACAGGCACGGGUAAAUUCGGAACAGCGGAAAGAAAGGCAUAUUAUUUACCCCAUCAUGCAGUACUGAAAAAUGCUAGCACAACCACUAAAUUACGUGUUGUAUUCGAUGGGUCGGCAUGUACCGAUAGUGGAUAUUCGUUAAACGAUGCGCUCAUGAAAGGUCCUAUCAUACAGGAUGAACUGCUUACACUUCUUCUUCGCUUCCGCAAACAUCAAGUCGCGUUAGUUGUAGACAUCGAAAAGAUGUAUCGGUUUUCGGUGGAAGAUCCCAUCGAAAUAUACGAGCUACUCACUGUAACAUACGGAUUGACACCGUCAUCGUUUCUGGCAACACGAGUAAUCAAACAAUUAGCAAUCGAUGAGAUUGGAAAUCAUCCUGAGGCAUGUGCAGCCUUGGAACGGGACAUGUAUGUAGAUGACUACAUUGGUGGAGCUGCAUCGGUUGAGAGCGCAUGCUAUCUGCGCAAGGAAAUGGAUAUUCUAACAUCCAAGGGUGGAUUUCCUCUACGAAAAUGGUGUUCGAACCGCGCAGAGGUUCUAGUUGGGAUUCCAAUAGAUCAAUUAGGGACCAGUCUGACUAUAAGUUUUGACUUGGAUCCCGAGGAGAGGAUCAAGGCACUUGGAAUCACAUGGGAACCUGAAUCGGAUCAGCUUCGAUUCGUAUACAAUAUCGAUGGUAGCGAGAGCGCUUGGACCAGACGCCGUAUUUUAUCGGCAAUUACAAGGCUCUUCGAUCCAUUAGGAUUGAUUUCACCGGUGGUAAUAACCGCAAAAAUGAUCAUGCAGGAGUUGGCAUUACUGCAAACGAAUUGGGAUAAUCCAGUACCGCCACAUAUAGAAACGAAAUGGAUAAAUUUUCAUAGUCAGUUGAACAAAUUGUCGGAGCUACGGAUCAGCAGAUUUGCCUUCAUUGCGGAGUGGGUGGAUAUUCAAUUCCACUGUUUUUCAGACGCUUCUGAGCUAGCGUACGGAGCGUGUGUCUAUGUUAGAACAGUGGAUCAAACGGGAAAUUUCGUUCGGUACUCCAUAAAUGUGUGCGAUGUUUUCGCGUUAAACCUACAUCCAUCCAACAACCAAUGGGACAACUUCCAGCUGUUCGAGUACGCCCCGCAAGACCAUUCUCCAUCACAGGAGUCGAUUAUUGCGGGCUGUUCUAUUUGA